GUUUGUAUGCAAUUUGAUUGGUUACUGAAUGGUCGCCAAAGAUAUGCCUUUUUGAAAUCGUGCGAGUUUGAAUUUCGAAGCCAUGAGCCAACGUGGCAACAACAAUGGCCGCGAAGGCCUUUCAUCGCCACCGUUCACACCACGCACGAUGUCGCAUGAGGCGCAUAGUCGUGUAGCGCAAGUGGAGGAGUAUGUGGUGGAGACAGUGGCAGAAGUCGGCGCUACAGCCAAAGCCAUCGUACAAGAACUCAAAGUUGACAUCGAACACAUUGUAGAAGUCAGCACGAGCCCACGUGAGAGUCCAAGCAAGGGAAGCUUCAUGGAGAAGAUCCAAACUCUCAAAAACUUGAGUCCAACCAAGGCUGACAUGGUCAACAGUGUCAACAAAAUCAAGAGUAUGUGGAGGUAUCGCCACUCGACUGUCACGACGGACGGAGGAGAAGGCGGCUUCGACGGCGACGACGGGUACUCUUCGUCCGAAGAAGACGAGGAAGAGUGGAGUGUUGUGCUGGAUAAACCCAUUGAAACCAUCCUUGCCGACUACUCGAAUCGAAAGUGGAAAGACGCGCCGGACUACCUCCUUCGUACCCUCCACAUCCACACUCUGCGCCAACUGCCCAUUCCACAUACCCGCAAACUGUACCUCAUCCUCACUGGCCCUGGGUACACUUUGUUUAUCACUGUAGCCAAUUGGGCGCUGGCCUCGAGCAUCUUCGUCAUGUACGCGGUGCUGGUCGGGUUUGGGUCGGCCGUGUACUGCUCCGCUGUGGUCACGGGGGUACUGCCCCGCCCCGUCUUGCGGUCGUGGAAAGCGCUGUUCAAGCUCGAAUGGGAAGCGCUCAAGUUGUUUUUGCGGUUGGAAUGGGAGGCCUGCUUGGACUACCGCGUCCGACAGCCGCGUAUCGAUGAGCUGGUCACGAGCCCAGACAAGGAGACCAAGAAGCGAGUCCUCGCGCAAGUUGUCGACACAGUCCUGGACAACAUCCGCGCCGAUGUGGCGGGUAGCAUGCGGUACAAGGACCUGUCGAGCGCCGUAUCUCUCGGAAGUGUCGUCGUGUGCGGCACCCUGUACGUGCUGUUUGUCGCGUUCACGUUCAUUGGCACGAAUAUGGACUUUACCCAAAUGAACACCAAGAACUUUGACGGGCUGGCCAUCAUCUUGCCAUUUUUGCUCGCGGAGGAGCUGGCAGUAUUUCUCGCGCGCGUGACGCUCGUGAUCAAGUGGUUUUCGGUCUUUCUGCACGACAACGCGGUGGUGCAGAUGCUCGUGGACGACAACGAGCCCCAGGAGAAGGCGUCGUUGUCCGAGUUCAUCAACGACGCGCGCACCAUGUGCAAGAGCAUUGGCGUCGGCGCGUGGGACAUGACGGGCAUCGCGUCGGCCAUGACCGCGGUGUGGACCAUCUUCUUUUUGUACCAGAGUUACUACGUCGACCUGAAAUCGCAGGGGUUGGAGCCAGGCCCACCAGGCCUCGCGGACACGAUGUUUUGGUCCAUGGUGCUGUACUCGGUGACGAUCAUCACGCUGUGUGCUCUGCCGUUCACGAGUUGGUUUGGCGGCGCCGUGGCCGACGACAAGUACACGGCGAUGCUCAAAAGUUGCCAGACGUUCAUGAUGAUGAAUCGGCUCUCCACGGUUCAGCAAGAGGUAUCGCUGGCGCUUCGCAAGGAGAUUGCGCGCCAACGCGGCGUUCCCGUCGGCCAGCACGUGAGCUCCGAGGAGAAGCGGGUGCUGCGGAGCUUCCGCGCUGGGAUUCUGAAGACUCUCGACAAGGCUGACUUUGUCUCGUUCUUUUUAUAUACGAUUUGCAUGGCGUUGGUCGACUUCGAAGCCUCGGAUGGCGAGAACGCGUACUACCGCGACACGUCCAACGGCGGCAAGGUUCCGACUAGCAUCAAGCGGCUGCGACACCGCGGCACGUACACCCACUGCACCAAGCUGGAAAUCCCCAUCGAUCAGCUCCAGGCCGUGGAAAUUGCGCUCUUCAACGCGUCCGCCGCCCGCUACGACGACGUCGACGUCGUGGACGCAUCGUCCUCCCCCAGCAAGGAAAAGGCCCAGGGGGCGGUGGUGUCGAGCAUGUACGACGUGGUCGUGCUCGAUACGACCGUGGGCGCGUCGUUCAUUGACAAGCAAGUGUACGACCUCAGUCAAGUGCUGGACAAUCCGAGCGUGCGAUACCACGCCGUGUACCGUAACCCGUACACCAACCAGUUGGUCCUCGGGCUCGAGAUGAAGAUGAUGGAGCGCCGUGACAAGCUCCGUCAGACCACGACGAACGUGCUCGGCAGCGUCUACCUUCUCGCCGUCACGAACGCGCAAAACCAGUUUGAAAUCGGCAACGGCCCCAUCUUCCUUCGCGGCGCCGGACUGGAAAAGAAAACGCUCAAGCUCGAAGCCGUCGACUUGCUCUUUGAACGGGUCGGCGGUCGCGUGCUUCCCCGAUAUAUCCGCCGCUGUACGUUGGCGAUGCACCAUGAAGCGACGUUGUUUGCCCAAGCCGACGACUACCUCCGGGGCAACUUGCACGCCGUACCGCCCACGUCUCAGGGAUCGUCGACGACUACUUCGCUAAGUCGCAAAGGCUCGACCUCUGGGCCUGAACCGUCGCGCAGCACCGGCAGCGCGUCGCACUUGACAGCGUCCGAUUAUCGAACGGCCAAGACCACCACGGACGGUGGCGGCGGCGGAUCGCAACGCAGGGCCAGUGGGUUAAAGUUGUCCACCCACAGCUGGAAGGAGGGCUCUAGCCGCGAAGCCGCCACCACGACCCCCCCCCCUCCCACCGAGUCCCAACAUGUUCAACCUGCUCAACGCGUGGGGACAGACGCGGCCCUUCAACGUGUGCACAGUGUCACUUCGAACCGAGACUUGUCCUCGUGGACGUCCAAUCCUUGA